ACUCGUCUCAGCCGUAGCUAAGUGCGUGACGUAGCUUCCUUCCAACAUGGCGCAGAUAGGUUGCUAGAAAAUUAAGGGAUUUCCGUAUCGAUACAUCCCACCUUCUACAUUUAUUUAUGUUUUUCUACUUACGGUUGCAGUGGUAGCGCCGUUUUAACUGAGGUGUAGAUCAGAGGCGAAAUAGCCCACUGGACUGGUACGCCGUGCUCUGAUUCCAUUGAGUCAUGUAUGAAGGGAAGAAGACAAAAAACAUGUUUUUAACACGAGCACUGGAGAAGAUUUUAGCCGACAAGGAGGUAAAAAAGGCACACCAUUCUCAGCUUCGGAAAGCCUGCGAGGUGGCAUUGGAGGAAAUAAAAGAAGAAUCAAAGAAAUUAAGUUCACCUGCAGGAGAGAAUAAGGAGAGUUCCAGCGCCCUGCCUCCCGUCAAAUCGAAAGCCAGCUUCAUCGAGGCCGAUAAGUACUUCCUGCCGUUCGAGCUCGCCUGCCAGUCCAAAUGCCCGCGCAUCGUCAGCACGUCACUGGACUGCCUACAGAAACUGAUUGCGUAUGGACACCUCACCGGCAGCGCCCCAGACAGGGCCGCGCCCGGGAAGAGGUUAAUCGACAGGAUCAUCGAGACCAUCUGCAGCUGUUUCCAGGGCCCGCAGACCGACGAAGGAGUUCAGCUGCAGAUCAUAAAGGCCCUGCUCACGGCCGUGACCUCCCAGCACAUUGAGAUCCAUGAGGGAACGGUCCUGCAGGCAGUCAGAACCUGCUACAACAUUUACCUGGCCAGCAAGAACCUCAUCAACCAGACCACCGCCAAAGCCACGCUCACACAGAUGCUCAACGUCAUCUUCGCCCGAAUGGAGAACCAGGCGCUUCAGGAGGCCAAGCAGAUGGAGAAGGACAGGCUCAGGCAGCAGCUGCUGCAGCAGUCCCAGCCCCCCCACUCCUCAGAGCCCCAGUCUAACGGCACCGAGGAGCCCCCCAGCCUGGAGGACCCCGAGCCCGAGAACGGCUCCGUGUUCUGCAGCCCGGAGAACGAGCAGACCGAGGCUGACCAGGCCACAGCGGCCUCACAGAAAUUCUCCAAACAAGACACAGAGGACACAGAGGAAGAUUCCCCAAACUAUGAAGAAAAGGCCCUGGAGAUAGUGCAGAGCAUUAUACAGGAAGUGGUCAACAGUGUUGCGAGGGAUUCCAGGGACAGCAUGGUAGAGACAGAGGGCGUGGCCGUCACGCCGAGUUCCCUUGACGACGAGGCGGGACUUGGCAGCAACGGCGAGAGCAUCCACGCCAACGGCAUUCCCGACACGCCCAUCUCACCAAGCUACGCGCCGUCCCUGACUGAUGACAGGCUGUCAAUCUCCUCCAAUGACACUCAGGAUUCGGGGACCCCCACCGGUCCGUCCCCGGGGGCCAAGUUCUCCCACAUCCUGCAGAAGGACGCCUUCCUGGUGUUCCGCUCCCUGUGCAAGCUGUCCAUGAAGCCCCUUUCGGACGGCCCCGCUGACCCAAAGUCUCACGAGCUUAGGUCAAAGGUCCUGUCCCUGCAGCUUCUCCUGUCCAUCCUGCAGAACGCUGGGCCCAUCUUCAAGACCAACGAGAUGUUCAUCAACGCCAUCAAGCAGUACCUGUGCGUGGCGCUGUCCAAGAACGGCGUCUCCUCGGUCCCGGAGGUCUUCGACCUGUCUCUCUCCAUUUUCCUCACCCUGCUGUCCAACUUCAAGACCCAUCUGAAGAUGCAGAUCGAGGUGUUCUUCAGGGAGAUUUUUCUGUACAUUUUGGAGACGUCCACCAGCUCCUUCGACCAUAAAUGGAUGGUGAUUCAGACUCUGAGCAGGAUAUGUGCUGAUGCGCAGAGUGUGGUGGAUAUUUAUGUGAAUUAUGACUGUGACUUGAACGCUGCUAACAUAUUCGAGAGGCUGGUGAACGACCUGUCGAAAAUUGCGCAGGGCCGAGGGGGACAUGAGCUGGGCAUGACCCCGGGUCAGGAACUCAGCCUGAGGAAGAAAGGGUUGGAGUGCCUGGUGUCCAUCCUCAAGUGUAUGGUGGAGUGGAGUAAAGACCAAUACAUUAACCCCAACUCUCAGACCAGCCUGGGCCAGGAGAAGCCCUCGGAUCAGGAGCCGGGCGAGCCCAGACCCGCCGAGAGCAUCAACCACUACGGCAGCGUCAACUCCCUGGACUCUGCCUCCUCGGGCAUCGGCAGCUACAGCACGCAGACGUCCGGCAACGACAACCCCGAGCAGUUCGAGGUCCUCAAGCAGCAGAAAGAGAUUAUCGAGCAAGGCAUCGACCUGUUCAACAAGAAACCAAAAAGGGGCAUCCAGUAUCUGCAAGAGCAAGGCAUGUUGGGUAUCAGCUCAGAAGACAUCGCCCAAUUUCUACACCAGGAGGAGCGACUAGAUUCUACUCAGGUGGGCGAGUUCCUCGGGGACAACGAGCGCUUUACCAAAGAGGUGAUGUACGCCUACGUGGACCAGAUGGACUACCAGGGGAAGGACUUUGUGUCCGCGCUGCGCCUGUUCCUGGAGGGCUUCCGUCUCCCCGGCGAAGCGCAGAAGAUCGACCGCCUCAUGGAGAAAUUCGCCGCCAGAUAUCUGGAGUGUAACCAAGGGCAAACGCUGUUUGCCAGCGCGGACACGGCCUACGUGCUGGCCUACUCCAUCAUCAUGCUGACGACAGACCUGCACAGCCCGCAGGUUAAAAACAAAAUGACAAAAGAACAAUACAUUAAAAUGAACAGAGGGAUAAACGACAGUAAGGAUUUACCAGAGGAGUAUCUCUCUGCUAUCUAUGAUGAAAUUGCAGGGAAGAAGAUCGCUAUGAAGGAAACUAAAGAACUAACCAUCAAAUCAAAUAAACAAAGUGUGGCCAGUGAGAAGCAGAGGAGGCUGCUCUACAAUGUGGAGAUGGAGCAGAUGGCAAAGACAGCCAAGGCCCUGAUGGAGGCUGUGAGCCACGUGCAGGCGCCCUUCACCAGCGCCACACACCUGGAGCACGUCCGGCCCAUGUUUAAGCUGGCGUGGACGCCUUUCCUGGCGGCCUUCAGCGUGGGACUGCAGGACUGCGACCACACGGAGGUGGCCUCGCUCUGCCUGGAGGGCAUCCGCUGCGCCAUCAGGAUCGCCUGCAUCUUCGCCAUCCAGCUGGAGCGGGACGCGUACGUGCAGGCGCUGGCCCGCUUCACCCUGCUGACGGCCAGCUCCGGCAUCGGCGAGAUGAAGCAGAAGAACAUCGACACCAUCAAGACCCUGAUCACGGUCGCCCACACCGACGGGAACUACCUGGGCAACUCCUGGCACGAGAUCCUGAAGUGCAUCAGCCAGCUGGAGCUGGCGCAGCUGAUUGGCACGGGCGUGAAGACGCGCUACAUCUCGGGCACGGUGCGGGGCAGGGACGGCUUCCUCGCCCACAGCCGGGAGCAGAACUCGGACGAGUACCUGGGCCUGGUCGGUGGGAACGUGGACAGGAAGCAGAUAGCGAGCAUACAGGAGUCCAUCGGAGAGACGAGCUCGCAGAGCGUCGUGGUCGCUGUGGACAGAAUAUUUACAGGUUCCAUCAGGCUGGAUGGCAAUGCAGUUGUGGACUUCGUGCGCUGGCUGUGCGCUGUGUCGAUGGACGAGCUGGCCUCCCCCAUGCACCCCCGCAUGUUCAGCCUGCAGAAGAUUGUGGAGAUCUCCUACUACAACAUGGGCCGCAUCAGGCUGCAGUGGUCCCGGAUCUGGGAGGUCAUCGGAGAUCACUUCAACAAGGUGGGCUGCAAUCCUAAUGAGGACGUGGCCAUCUUUGCCGUGGACUCCCUGAGGCAGCUGUCCAUGAAGUUUCUGGAGAAGGGCGAGCUGGCCAACUUCAGGUUCCAGAAGGACUUCCUCCGGCCCUUCGAACACAUCAUGAAGAAGAACAGGUCGCCCACGAUCCGGGACAUGGUGGUGCGCUGCAUCGCGCAGAUGGUGAACUCCCAGGCGGGGAACAUCCGCUCGGGCUGGAAGAACAUCUUCUCCGUCUUCCACCUGGCCGCCUCGGACCAGGACGAGAGCAUCGUGGAGCUGGCCUUCCAGACCACCGGCCACAUCGUCACGAACGUGUUCGAGAGGCACUUCACCGCCUCCAUCGACUCCUUCCAGGACGCGGUCAAGUGCCUGUCGGAGUUCGCCUGCAACGCCUCCUUCCCCGACACCAGCAUGGAGUCCAUCCGCCUGAUCCGGCACUGCGCCAAAUACGUAUCCGAGCGACCGCAGGCUUUCAAAGACUAUACCAGCGACGACAUGAACGUGGCCCCGGAGGAUCGGGUGUGGGUGCGAGGCUGGUUCCCCGUCCUGUUCGAGCUCUCCUGCAUCAUCAACAGGUGUAAACUGGAUGUGAGGACCAGGGGUCUCACAGUGAUGUUCGAGAUCAUGAAGACCUACGGACACAUGUACCAGCAGCACUGGUGGCAGGACCUGUUCAGGAUCAUCUUCAGGAUCUUCGACAACAUGAAGCUCCCAGAGCAGCAGACCGAGAAAGCGGAGUGGAUGACCACCACCUGUAACCACGCGCUGUACGCCAUCUGCGACGUGUUCACCCAGCACUUUGAGUCGCUCAACCACGUGCUCCUGGACGACAUCCUCUCCCAGCUCUUCUGGUGCGUCCAGCAAGACAAUGAGCAGCUGGCCCGGUCAGGCACCAACUGCCUGGAGAACGUGGUCUUCCUGAACGGGGAGAAGUUCAGCCCCGACACCUGGGACAAGAUCUGCAACUGCAUGCUGGACAUCUUCAAAACCACCAUCCCACACACGCUGUUGACUUGGAGACCAGCAGCAUCAGACUUGGACUCUGCAGCCCGGCCGGACCAGACGGACAGACAGCCGGACUCAAUUUCCCAGAAGUCCCUGGACAUCCAGGCAGGCGGUGAGGAUCAGCAGUCUGCCAGUAGCACUGAGAAGCUGUCCAUUGAGAGCCCGGGGCAGAGCGCAGGCUCGGGCACAUACGAGGACAGCCUGCGAGCCAAGGCUCAGGAGCAGCGGCUGUUCUCUGCGCUGCUCAUCAAGUGCGUGGUGCAGCUGGAGCUCAUCCAGACCAUCGACAACAUCGUCUUCUUCCCCACCACCAGCCGCAAGGAGGACGCAGAGAACCUAGCGGCUGCCCAGAGAGAUGCUCUGGAUGCAGAGACCAGCGUGGAGCUCCAGGACCAGGGAAUGUAUCGCCACCUGUCCUCAGAGCAGCUGUUUAAGCUGCUGGACUGCCUGCUGGAGUCGCACCGCUUCGCCAAGGCCUUCAACUCCAACCACGAGCAGAGGACCGCGCUCUGGAGGGCAGGCUUUAAAGGGAAGUCCAAGCCCAACCUCCUGAAGCAGGAGACGGGGAGCCUGGCCUGCAGCCUCCGCAUCCUGUUCCGCAUGUACGCCGACGAAGAGCGCCGCCCUGCCUGGGAGGAGGUCCAAACGCGACUGCUGAAUGUGUGCUGUGAGGCCCUGCAGUACUUCCUGGUUCUGACCUCCGAGAGCCACAGAGAGGCCUGGACCAACCUCCUCCUCCUCUUUCUCACCAAGGUCAUGAAGAUCAGUGACGACAGGUUCAAGGCCCACGCCUGCAGGUAUUACCCGCUCAUGUGUGAGGUCAUGCAGUUUGACCUCAUUCCGGAGCUACGAGCCGUCCUACGAAAGUUCUACCUGCGCAUUGGAACCCUCUUCAGCAUCUCUCAGCCAGCCAAUCAGGAGAGAGUGGCAGGGAGCCAGUGAUGGCCAACCAAUCAGGAAGGAGGAGCUGAGAGCCAGAGGUGGCAGUUUUUUUUUGUUUUGGUUUUUUUGGUUGCAAUAAUUUAAUUUUGUACUAUUUCUUAAUUUCAAAGAAUUUGCUGCACUCUUAUUUACCGAUUGCACUGGGAAUUUUCACUUUAAACGGAGUUACUCUGUCAGGUUGUGUGACGGAGGGCUGCUAUUGGCUGAUACGAUGCAGGUGGAUAGUAUAAAUUAUUCAGUUUUAUAUGUACAGAAGCUUUUAUUUAAAAAAACUGGAAUUGAAUAUUUCCCACUAAUCUGAAUUGCGCCUCCACGGGCACGGAUCCGUCUCAGACAUUUGAUGUAGCUUUCACUGUAAGUGUACAAAAUUGGAAAUGUAAUUAUACAUGUAUAAACUAAACGGGUGUGGGGUCUUUUGGGGAAUGUAAUGAAAAUGUGAACGAAUGUUUGUGCUUUUGAAAGUGAACUGCUGAUCUGAAGCACCUUGGCUUAUGUUGAUGCAGAAAACCGACAGGUAAAAUGUAUAUGGUACAGUAAUGUAAAGUUUUAUAUGUAAAAACACGAAUCUUGUACAACUGUACAAAUACAGGUUAUCAUCACGCUACAUUCUAAUGAAGUUGAAGGUUAAUAAAAUUUUUGAACUCAUUUUUGCAGUU